UUACCAAACCACGACCACCCAUUCAACUCAAACCCAAACCAAACCCAACCCACUCAUCUUCUAGAUCCUUCCAUAAGCCGGUACCCCCAAAUAUUUUAACUUUCCAUAACAGAUCUAGGGUUUCCAUAUUCCCAUCUCUCGAAUCUUCUCCUACUCUUUCAAAACCUCUAGAUACACACAUACACGCACAAAUACAUACAUAUAUCCUCCCUAUAUCCCUCACCCACAAACCCCAACUCGCCGCAACACUUUUUUCACACACAAAUUCACAAUCUUGCACUAGACCCACAUGGCCAAAUACGGCGAAGGUGACAAAAGAUGGAUUGUAGAAGACAGACCAGAUGGGGCCAACGUACACAACUGGCACUGGGCUGAAACUGACUGUAUGCAAUGGUCUAAAGAUUUGCUAUCAAAGCUGCUUUCUGAUCACACAAUUCUUGAAGGUGAAGGUAAUUUGUUUAUUAAGACUAAAAAGAUUGAUAAAAUUGAAGGGGAAGCUUAUGUUAAUGUAAGAAAAGGGAAAAUAAUACCUGGGUAUGAAUUAAGUUUGAAACUUGAUUGGAUUGGUGAAGUUAAAGAUAGUAAUAAUGAUAAAUCUUUGUUAAUUGUUGAUGGGGUUGUUGAGAUUCCGUACAUUAGUGAUGAGAAUGCCGAUGAGGAUCCCGAUAUUCGGGUUAUUGUUAAGGAUGAGGGGCCUCUUGGAAGGAGGUUGAAAGAUGCUUUUUUGGUUAAAGGGAAAGAAUUUGUGUUGAAACAAGUUCGGGUUUUCGUUGAGGCUAUGGCGAAAGGUGGGCCAGCUAAGGAGGAGUUGGAGGUUAAGAAAGUAGGCGCGAAAAGCGUGCAGGUGGCGAAGGAGGCGACACCUGCAGCGGCGCCGCCUGCAGCGGUGAAGAAGGUGGAGGAGAAGAGGAAAGAAGGGUUUAAGACGAUAAAGAUGAGUGAGAAGUUUAGUUGUAGGGCGAUGAAUAUGUAUGAGAUAUUGAUGGAUGAGAAUAGAUGGAAAGGGUUUACGCAGAGUAAUGCGAAGAUAAGUAAGGAAGUAGGUGGUGAGAUUAGUAUUUUUGAUGGGUCGGUUACUGGGUCGAAUUUGGAGUUGGUGGAAGGGAAAUUGAUUGUUCAGAAAUGGAGGUUUGGAAACUGGCCUGAUGGGCUUCAUUCUACGGUGAGGUUGGUUUUAGAAGAGCCAGAGCCUGGCGUGACAGUCGUGAAGUUGACACAGACUGAUGUCCCGGAGGAAGACAGGUAUGGGAAUUCAACUGUUGUGGAGAACACCGAGAGAGGAUGGCGGGAUCUAAUCUUUCACAAGAUAAGGGCAGUUUUUGGGUUCGGUGUUUGAAAAGCUUCCGAUUUUAUUCUGUUGGAAUGUAGAAGUAUCGAGUUUCGGGAGUAAUAAAUUUGGUUAUUAUGGGCUGGUUACCCUGAAUAUUACUGGGUACAUCAACGGUGUGUCAAAUUAUCUCUGUGUCAGUCUGAACUUUAUUGUUCAUGAUAUACAUUCUGGUUUGAAUACUAUCGAGUCGAUUUUGUUGAGUGGCUAAAUGUAUGUUAGGCUUUUCUUGUUUUUCA